AUGAGAGAGAACACCUUCUGCAGCGGGGACCAUGUGUCCUGGCACAGCCCUUUGGAUAACAGUGAGUCAAGAAUUCAGCAUAUGCUGCUGACAGAGGACCCGCAGAUGCAACCUGUGCAGACACCCUUUGGGGUAGUUACCUUUCUCCAGAUUGUUGGCGUCUGCACUGAGGAACUCCACGCAGCCCAGCAGUGGAACGGGCAGGGCAUCCUAGAGCUGCUGCGAACAGUACCUGUCGCUGGCGGCCCCUGGCUGAUAACUGACAUGCGGAGGGGAGAGACCAUAUUUGAGAUCGAUCCACACCUGCAAGAGAGAGUUGACAAAGGCAUCGAGACAGACGGCUCCAACCUGAGUGGUGUCAGCGCCAAGUGUGCCUGGGAUGACCUGAGCCGGCCUCCUGAGGACGAUGAGGACAGCCGGAGUAUCUGUAUUGGCACUCAGCCACGGAGGCUGUCAGGCAAAGACACGGAGCAGAUCCGGGAGACCCUGAGGAGAGGACUUGAGAUCAACAGCAAGCCUGUCCUUCCACCAAUCAAUCCUCAGAGGCAGAACGGCUUCACCCACGACCGGGCCCCGAGCCGCAAAGACAGUCUGGAAAGCGACAGUUCCACAGCCAUUAUUCCCCAUGAGCUGAUCCGCACGAGGCAGCUCGAGAGUGUACAUCUGAAAUUCAACCAGGAGUCAGGAGCCCUCAUUCCUCUCUGCCUAAGGGGCAGGCUCCUGCAUGGACGGCACUUUACAUAUAAAAGUAUCACAGGUGACAUGGCCAUCACAUUCGUCUCCACGGGAGUGGAAGGUGCCUUUGCCACCGAGGAGCACCCUUACGCAGCGCAUGGACCCUGGUUACAAAUUCUGUUGACUGAAGAGUUUGUAGAGAAAAUGUUGGAGGACUUAGAAGACUUGACUUCUCCUGAGGAAUUCAAACUUCCCAAAGAGUACAGCUGGCCUGAAAAGAAGCUGAAAGUCUCCAUCCUACCUGAUGUGGUGUUUGACAGUCCACUGCACUAGCCUGGGCUGGGCCCUGCAGGGGCCAAGGGAGAGCCCAGCUGCUCCCCGAUGACUUCCGGUGUAACAACGCGUUAAAGAGAUUCCCACAAAUAAAAGGACAAGUGUGAGGAUGACCACACAGCCACCACACCUGCAGCCCAGUGGGAUGCUGUGUGGAGGCCACAGGUUCCCACCUCACCGGCAGUUCAGCGGCCUCACCCCUCAGCUGACCAAGCCCAUGGGUCCAGGACCAGGUCUCGCUGGACCAUGAGUGGACAAAUGCAAACCUUCCCCUCCUGCUGCCACCACAGGUUCUGGUUUGAGAUUUGACUCUGGACCUUUGAUGUGCCCCUAGGUGGAGACAGGCCUCAUUCCUACCUAACUCAUCGCCAGGCAGCCCCUCAGGAGGGAGGUGGAGUGGCCAUGUGGGCGCACUGCCAGCUCAACUCUGGGAAGCCUUUCCCAGUAGUCAAGCUUCCCUGACCACAGAAUAAUUCUUCCAAUCAUGUUUGAUUUUCUUCCUCCUUAUUUUAUUUUGUAGAAACUGGAUGGUAUUUUAUUGUCUUCAAAAAUGUCCAGAAGUCAUGUAUAUAAUGUUUUUUAAAAAGAACUUUAUCCCCAGAUGAACUUUCUCAUUCUCUCAGACAGGGGCCUGGGGCCAUCUCCCCCUGAACUGCUGCCAGAGAAGGUGCCAGUGUUCACCUGCCAGCCCAGGGCCCUGAGGAGCCAACUUCAGAGAGGCUUUUCUUCUCAGCUUGGGCUAGUGGAGCCUAGGGCAGGGUGAGAGCUGAGACACUCCAUCAGGCAGCCUUGAGCCCAGUUUAGCUGGAGCCAGGAAGGGGUGCCACUGGUCCCAGGGGCACUGGCCUUGACAAAGCUCAAUGACCAUCAGGGUCUCAGAGACUUGGUGGCCCCAGCCUCAUCUUUCAGGCCUUUUCUACCCAACCAGGCUUGACUGAGAGAGCGAGCGAGGCCCAGCACCUCAACAGACCAUCCCAACCUGCCACUUGGGGCCUGGGUCUCCAGCUCUUUGACCACUCCUGUCCCAUUUCCUUAUUCCUUGAGCCUCCCAGCCUCCAGGCUGCAAGACUCUGGCUUAUUAAAAAUGGAAAAAUCAAUUUA